UCCAACCCGACUUGACCCUUCACCAUAAUUGGGCUUCGUAGCCCACUUUUUAUAAGUUCGUUAGUACUACCAAUAAUAAGAAAUAGAAAUUGCUUUGUCAUCCGAAGUAUCAAGUCUAUGAUUUAAUCAAUCUACUCUGUUUUCUACUUUUCUUCUUUCCUCUGCUUUCCUUUCUUCCACUUCACCCUUUGAAAAUCCCACCCAAAAUUCAUAAUUCUUCUCGAUUUCAACUCAAUUUAAAAUUGAAUUUUCAUACAAGAUUGAUAGAGAUAAAAAAUACCCUUUAAUCAAAACAUGUCAAUUUCAGAGGGUCUACAAUUGGAAAAGAAAUCAUCACCAGAAAGUGACAUAGAAAGAGUAAAUCCAGUUACAGAAAAAUCAGAAUCUGGAAUUGGCUCAGUACUUAAAAAAUGGAGAACGCUAGAUCUUCUUACUAAAGGGUCAUUAGCUUUAAGAGCUUUGGGUUUAGUUUUUUCCUUGCUUUCAUUCAUUAUCAUGGCUUGUAAUAAUCAUGGUGGUUGGAAAAAUUUUGGUAAUUAUGAAGAAUAUAGGUACUUGUUGGCAAUUGCAAUAUUAUCAACAAUGUAUACAGGAUUGCAAUGUUUGAGACAUGUUCAUCAAUUAUCUACUGGGAAUGAUUUUUUUAAUCUCAAGACUUCAGCUUUUGUUGAUUUUGUUGGAGAUCAGGUGAUUGUAUACUUGUUGCUGUCAUCCGCCUCUUCUGCUAUUCCCAUGACAAACAGAAUGCGAGAAGGAGGAGACAAUAUUUUCACCGAUUCAUCUGCAGCCGCGAUAAGCAUGUCUCUCCUCGCUUUCGUUGCACUCGUUUGUUCGUCUAUCAUUGCUGGCUAUAAGCUCUCCAUGCAAAUGGCUAUAUAAUCACGUGAACUUUUUAUUUAUGUAAGUUGUGGAUUAUGUUUGUUACUAAGGGUAAUCGGAAACAACCCCUUAGUUAUUACUAACAAGGGUAAGAUUGCAUACAUCUGACUCUUUCAAACUCUGCCUAGGUGGGAGCCACGUAAUUAUACAGGAUUAAUGGAUUUAUGUUGUUAUGAAUAGGUCUAUGUCUACAUACAUAUACAUAUAGAGAGAGAAAAAUAGAAAUUUGUUGAAAUUGAUUCUUUUAUAAAAGUAUAUAGUCAUUACACUUUGUUCAUACUUAAUCACCAAACCUUGUUAUUGAGCCCUUUAGCUUG